AUUAAGUAACAUGAAAUAAGCACGUGAAUAUCUGCGUAUAUACAUAACCCAUUACCCACCCGUUGAACUUUAUCCUGUCUUAUGGGAUUGGAUGGAACUCCCCCAUAAGGAUACUGUGGUAUAAAUAUGAUACCAAUAUUGACAUUUACGUCCAUAUUGGUAGGCACGUUUGUUAAUUAUGACGUAUUUAGACUAUUUGCAAAUGAAUCACUUAACAACCAGCAUUUAUAUAGAGAAGGAUCAUCCAUAUUAUUGGUUAGUGUCAACCAACUGCAAAUUGGUAUAGUCCUACUAUUGGGACUACCAAUAACAUUAACUACAAAUUAAUUAAUUGUGCGGUUAAAUCACCUUAGUUGACUUCUGUCUAUCACCAUACACACUAGUGACUGGUUUAUUUUGUUUGUGAAGACAUUUCGUGAUUUGGAAAAAUGGCAGUGUCGAAAGCCUUCGUGUUUAUUGUGCUCGCGAUAACUUACAAUCAAGGUGCAGCACGUCCACAUAAAGAAAAAAUAAUUACAAAGCACCGUUUUGCCCAUUCGGAAGGAUUUGAAGUGGACCCGGAAGGUGAUAUAAAGAUUGGAAUGCCAGGCCCAGCAGUUAUUAAGGACGGCCUUGUUAUAGUUAUCAAGGGCACCAUCGAUAUGACAAGAACAACCAUGAUAGUGGAACUACCUUCCAAGAGCGGGAAAGAAAGUUGUCGGCUCACAUACAAUUAUGAUAUUAAAGACAGUGAAAAUAUUUAUAUAACACCUGCUGUAGAUCAAUAUGAAAGAGCCGAAUACAGUCUUUCAGUGGAAUCUGGAGAGACACCGACGUUUGCGUUGAAAAUCAUAGCCCGAGUGGAUACAAUGAACACUGACUUAUUUGGCAUGUUAUUCAGCGGCAAUGGGGAAGACUUUAGCUCACAGCUGUUAUGCCCUGUGCACAGCUUCAAAGACGUUGAUACGAUCGUAAUCAAGGAUGGUGUAUCUCGAGUUAGCAGUCUACAUUUCGAAUUUCCUAAUCAUUAGUAUAAUUAACUUUGUUACUUAAAUACGUCGUUAUGCUUGAUAUGUGACGCAUAGUUAUGAUAAAGAAAUACGUUACUAUGAGAUUGUUAAUUGCAUUAGACUUCUAUUGGACUGAAAGCAUUUUGUAGUCAAUAUUUAAGUAAAAUGUAUUCAUGGUUUGUUUAGUUAUGCUAGUUUAAAGAAAUACUCUUUAAGUUAGACUCUCUCUCUUCAGGUGCUGAUACCAAAUAAUUAGUUUUAGAUUUAAAUCAUGUACUUAAUGUUUGUGAUUACAUUUUGAAUGUGAUUUACAUAUUCUCGCCCUAUGGGUUAAGACGCUCAAAUAGAUUUAAGUGACCUAUUGUAUUGUACAUUUUUCUAGUCAAAAAACUUUGUACGGCUGGUUCCGGCACAAAGUUGCUUACUCAUUCGUGUAAAUAAUUGUAUUAGGU